AUGUGGCUCUACCUGGUGGCACUUGUAAACCUGUGGAUGCUUUUGCGCUUGUUCAGGGAGAGGCAGGUGGUGAGCCAUCUCCAUGACAAGUAUGUCUUCAUCACAGGCUGUGGCUCAGGCUUUGGGAACCUGCUGGCCAGACAGCUGGACAGGAGAGGCAUGAGGGUGCUGGCUGCAUGUCGAAAGGAGGAAGGAGCCAAGCAGCUGAGGAGCAAGACAUCAGACAGGCUGGAGACAGUGAUCCUUGAUGUCACCAAGACAGAGAGUAUUGUGGCAGCCACUCAGUGGGUGAAGGAGCGUGUUGGGAACAGAGGACUAUGGGGCCUGGUCAACAAUGCUGGCAUCGCCACCCCUUCAGGUCCAAAUGAGUGGAUGAACAAACAGGACUUUGCAACUAUACUUGAUGUGAAUCUGUUGGGCAUGAUUGAGGUGACUCUGAGCAUGCUGCCCUUAGUGAGGAAGGCAAGGGGCCGCAUAGUCAAUGUCACCAGCAUCGGGGGUCGAGUGUCUCUUGGUGGAGGUGGUUACUGCAUCUCUAAGCAUGAAAUGGAGGCAUUCUCAGACUCUCUCAGGAGGGAGCUCUCUUAUUUUGGUGUGAAGGUGGCUAUUAUAGAACCUGGACUCUUCAAGACUUCUAUGAGUGAUAGUGCCAGACUAUCAUCAAACUUCCAGAUGCUGUGGGACCAGACCAGCUCAGAAAUCAGGGAGAUCUAUGGUGAUAAAUACUUGGCAUCCUGUCUGAAAAUGCUAAAUGAAUUGGACCAGAGGUGCAACAAGGACCUGUCUUUGGUGACAGACUGCAUGGAGCAUGCUCUGACUGCCUGUCAUCCUCGCACCCGAUACUCAGCUGGUUGGGAUGCCAAGCUCUUCUACCUCCCCUUGAGCUACCUGCCCACCUCUCUUGUGGAUGCCUUUUUCUACUGGACUUCUACAAAGCCUCAGAAUGCCCUGUGA